UAAGAGCUAGCCUUUUAAUCACUCAAAAGUGCUUCAACGUUAUAUAAAAUAAUUAUAAUAAUACUAAAAUGUAAUUUUUUCCAGCGAUAUACGGCAUAUCCUAGUUUGUCUGUGUCGUUAUUUAUAGUAUCAUCUUCAGCUAUAUGUGAAAAUAACAUGAGUUAUUGAUUGUUGUGUACGCUACACUGGAUUUUAAAAUUGAAUGAUAAUUUGGAUUUGAUUUUGGUAUAUUAAAGUAUGCCAGGUUACAGUAUAUAAGUGACAUUAAACCACAGCCUGUACAACUUUCUGUCAUUUUAAUCCAACGAGAUUAGGUUAGGUAAAGUGUCAUCGAAUUACCUAUGCUCCGACUUUUUUCAUCCACUUUUGGCCUGAUUUGACAUAGCAGGCUAAAAGCAUUUACAUCAAUUUGUAGCUAGUCAUCAUUUGAUCGGAUUAUGUAGCAGGGAGGAAUGUCUUCUGUUGUGCACUUCUAACUUUGGUGCAAUUUGUCAUCAGAAGAGUGAGGAUCGUGAAGCGUGUGUUCGGAUCUAGCUCUGGUACACGAAAUUUCUCUUUGGAUGGUUGACAUUUGUUUUUAGGGACUGGCUCGCUGUCGUAUAUAACAGUCACGUGUUGCCUUGGAUCGAACAAACAGAUCCAUCCCACCACCCCCGACUAACCCCAUAGGUCACCAAUCACUUAUAACGAGCUCGUCGAUCACAGCGGGUGUCGUUCAGGGUGAUAGAAUUAUCUUCCUUUGCCAUGUCUUCUUGACAAAUGAAAGAAGCUUCUGACUAAUCACGGCUGUGGCAUCGGCCAUUUGAUGAAACACCGGCUUACACCAUGCGCUGAGGACACCACAUGGGUACCGAUGCAGUGAAUGGCGGGCACCACAAGCAGACAACCGCAUCGAAGCAGCAUAACUACACUAAUAACGAUGGAAACCGGAGACCUUUCGGACUAUGGCUGGCACUCUCCCCCAAACAUUGUGUUGGAGUGGCUGUCCUCAUCCUGAUUUUCUUGCUUGUCCAGCUGCAUAAUUCUCCGCUCAUCUUCUUCAGCUCACUUGGAGCUCUCGAGUCACGUGAGAACGACACGGGCUCUCUGACCACGCUCUUUGCCCCCAACGAGCAGCAGGUGGUUAAAGUGGAGAACAUCUCCAUCGACACAGCAGCGCAGAGCCGCCGGGAUGAUGCCACGACAGGGUUCAAGGAUGCAAAAGUGCUGCUAAGGAACCUUCGAGUGGAUUUCAAUGUCCAGCUCAACGCCAGUCGGUCGCCGUGGGACGUGGCUGCUGGCUGGGUCAGCGCACGGGAAGUCGUUCCAGAGGAUGCUCCGGAACUUGGUGCUGUUCUCGGGGAUCUGGCGACCUCACCCAUCACUUCAGCCGAUUUUCUAAGUGGGUUCAAAGGGAAGCAGCUUAAGCUAGCCUUCAAGCUAUCAAGCACACAAACCGUUGCCUUCAAACCUAAAUGGUACGACAGAGAUUUCAUCUUGGAAGGCGUGGCCAUAGCCGGCAGGGACCGUCACAACGGGGAGAUAGCCGCCUUUCAUCUCUCAAGAGUGUUAGGCUUGAGGAGAGUGCCAGUGACUGUGGGACGCAGAGUCAGGGUCAAACAAGAACUCGCUCUAGUCGCUUCUCAGCAGCUCCUGAAAACGUUCUAUCAAAAAGAUGAUAACAGCUGUUUCUACGGCCGAUGCCAGAACUGCGUUGAAGACACCGGCGUCUGCGCCAUGGGCGACGUCUUGGAAGGGGCGAUCAUCCUCUGGCUGCCUGACACCGUUCAGUUAGACGCCAUUACACACCCUUGGUAUAGCCAUUUCAAAGAGAAGAACUUAGCCAAAUACCCCAGCAACGGCAGCUAUUGCGGCAUUGUACGCCAACUCUCGCCGUUUAAGGAGAAAGGUUAUCUGCUCUUGGAUAUCGUCGACACGGCCAUCUUUGACUUUCUCAUCGGCAACGCGGACCGUCAUCACUGCGAGAUCAUCAGCAAUAUGGAGAGAGGAAUGGUGGUCAUGCUUGACAACGGCAAGAGUUUCGGCAACCCGCUUGUGGAUGAGCUGGUACUUCUCGCCCCUUGUGCGAAUGCUGCAUGUUACGUCACUCGACCUGGCAACGUAUACGCUCUCUUCGACACAACGUCCUUAGCUACAUCUUGGGGGAGGUGCUGAAGUCGGACCCUGUGCAGCCGGUGUUGUCACGUGAUCACCUGCUGGCCCUCGACCGGCGCCUCGCGAAAGUUUGGGUAGAAAUCGAGAAGUGCAUUGCCAUUCAUGGGGUGGAAGCAGUACUUGUACAAAAUGAGUAGAUAUGAGGUUUGAAUCAAGACAGUUCCCGUCCUUAUGGAUGUCUUGCUGUUAAAAAGAAGGUGUGUCUUCCAUGAAACAGCGUCAACUUUUUUCAUUGUGUUGUCUUUUUUGCAGUCUGUGUUUGUGUAUGAGGUGGAUGGGUGGGUGGGUGUGCACAUAUACAGGGUGAGCCUAUGUUAUUUCUAGACGGCUGAUCUUGUUAAAGGCUAAACACAGAGCAUGGCAAAAAUCGCUGAAAAGAAGUAUUACAAAAACAUAUUCGGUAUUGUUUUUGCAAAGAAGGAAUGAAGAAUUUUAUAUUAAUAUUUCUUCACAUUUAAUAUGUCAACAAAGACAGGAUAUGACGUACCAUAUGCAUGAUUCAAGAUGCGUCGUCUGCUUGUGUUGGUUUCAGUUAAGUAAACAAUAAAGUCUUUAAAAAAAAAAACUGAGAUAGAAUGUAUAAUUCAACUGUUUUAAAAUUUCAAGAACAGAAGUUUAAAAUGCACGUGCUAUGCUGUUUUCUGUUCACAUUUGCAUUUCAUGGCGUAUUAUUUGUUCUGGAUCCGUCCUGAUGCUCACAUU